GGUGUCACGGCAGCUGCUGACGUGGGCCCGAGCUGUCCCAGGACCCUCCUCCUCUGGCAGCGGCUGCUGAGAAGCUGCCAGCAAAGUUGCAGGAGGUCCCUGCUCCAGUGUGGGGAGCGACUGAACAGUGAGCGGCCAGAAGUGGCAGCCGUAGGACGAGGCCCCAGGCUUCCCAACGCCCAGCGCCCAUCGGCAAACGAGGGGGCGCACGAUUGGUAAGAGAGAGAAGGAGGAAAAUCCAGGUUCUGCAGGCCAGCCCCAUGGCAGCACCCUGGCGGUGAUGACGGUGCUGGGCCCCGGCUGGGCUGGGCUCGUGGCGCGCACAAGGCGGCCAGCCGCUCUCCCCGUCGCUGAGAUGCUGUCAGGGCGGUGGCGGCUGGAAGGCCGGUCCUGGCGCCGGGCCAGCCCCUCGCCAGGCUCCUCCUCGGCCGUGGCGCUGCGAGCCCUCUACGACUACCAGUACGAGGCGGAGGACGGGCGCCAGGUGGCCAUCGCUGAAGGCGAGUGCUUCCUGCUGCUCCACAAGUCCAACGAGGACUGGUGGCAGGUGCGACGUCUCAGCGAUCCCCGGAGGGCACGGCCCAUCUUUGUGCCGGCCACCUACGUGGCGGAGGUGGGCCCUCGCGUGGAGGGUGGCCCGUGGCUGAGCGCCACGCUGCUGGCAGCCGCUGGCACCGGGCAGCACCCAUCCCCGGGCCUGCAGCCACGGUACCGAUCCCUCCAGGACCUGUCCAGCUGCCCAGCCCCGCCUGGCCACUACUCCUGCCACAGCCUGAGCCUGCCAGCCUGGGACCCCGGCCCCCAGCUCGGCCCGGCCCACCCCGUCAGCAGGAGCGUCAGCGCCACCGGCCUGGCCCAGAGCCCCGGCAGGGACGCACCCGCCCCCGGAUGCCAGCAGGAGCGGUGCCCGGAGCCGGUGGGGCAGGGGGCCAGCCCCCCUGGGGGUCCACCCUCUGGAGCCACCAUGGAGGAGUCCCCGAUUUACUGCAACCUGGAGGAGAUAAAGCAGGUGCGGGGGGAGCCCCCCAACCCCAGCGGCCCCCCGUUGCAGGUGCUGGACGCCUGGGAGCGCCACCUCGACCCCAGCACCGGCCGCAGCUACUUCUACAACCGGGAGACGGGCGACAAGUCUUGGAAACCUCCACGGCGCCACCGGGAGAUGAGUUUGCUCCCCGUGGAGGCUCUGAGCCCCGAGCCCCCGGCAGCUGCUGACCCGGGGGAGACGCUGGCGCAGGGCGGGGACAGCGUCCAGGCCGGCCGGCUCGGCUACACCAAAUCCAUGAUCUUGCCGGAAUCCCGUGUGCCCAAGGUGUCUCACCGCAGGAAUCGCUCCCAGCCCAGCUUUGAAGACUGGGUGGGGACCGGUCCCCCCACCACUUCCCCCGGGGGCUGCCCCCCUCACCCCUCUGACUUACCCCAUGAGGUGGAGAAGGCUGGGCAGCUGAACAAAACCAAGAUUGCAGAGGGGGGCCGGAAACUCAGGAAGAGCUGGGGCAUCUCCUGGGUGGUGCUGGCUGGGAACAGCCUCGUCUUCUACAAGGAUCUCAAGGGCCCGGCCCCCACCAGCUGGAGACCCGCCAGCAGCAGGCCUGAGAGCAGCGUGGACCUGCGGGGCGCGGUGCUGGAGCGGGCACGCGACAUGUCCAGCAAGAAGAACGUCAUCCACCUCCGCACAGUGACUGGCAACGAGUUCCUGCUGCAGUCGGACAGCGAGGCCGAGAUCCAGGAGUGGCACCAGACUAUCAAGAGCGUCAUCCGUAGGCUGGACCGGGAGAACCCCCUGGACGAGCCGGGCUACGUGCUGCGCCGGGCCGGCAGCUCCGAGCUGGGGGAGCUGAGCGGGGACGAGGAGGACGAGGGGCUGAGGCCAAAGGACAGCUGGAAAUCCUCCGGCUCCACCCGCCGCCCGGACAGCACCGAGAGGAAGCGGGUCAAGAGCAAACUCCGGCGCUUCAUCGUCAAACGGCCCCCGCUGCAGAGCCUGCAGGAAAAGGGGCUCAUCCGAGACCAGGUCUUCGGCUGCCGGCUGGACGCCCUGUGCCAGCGGGAGAACGACACAGUGCCCCGCUUUGUCCGGCUCUGCGUUGAGGCUGUGGAGAAGAAAGGCCUUGAUGCGGACGGGAUCUACCGGGUGAGUGGGAACCUGGCCGUGAUCCAGAAGCUGCGUUUUGCUGUCGACCGGGAGCGGGCAGUGACCUCUGACGGGCGCUACGUCUUCCCGGAGCAGCCGUGCCAAGGUAGAGCCAGGCCAGAGGAGCGGCUGAGCCUGGCGGACCCCGAGUGGGACGACGUCCAUGUGGUGACCGGCGCCCUCAAGCUCUUCUUCCGCGAGCUGCCCGAGCCCCUGGUGCCCUUCGCCCUCUUCGACGCCUUCGUGGCUGCCGUCAGUAAGGACCUGCCACCCGCCCCCCCAGCCAUCCCCCACAGGGCCGCCCCUGUGCCCAGCCCCUCCUCGCGGGGCUUCCCCUGUGCCCAGCCCCUCCCCCCACGGGGUUUCCCCUGUGCCCAGCCCCUCCCCCCACGGGGUUUCCCCUGUGCCCAGCCCCUCGUCGCUGGGUUUCCUCUGUGCUCAGUCCCUCCCCCCGUGGGACUUCCCCUGUGCCCAGACACUCCCCCUGCGGAGCCACUCCUGUACCCAGCACCCCUCACCAUGGGGUCUCCCAUGUGCCCCAUGCCCCAAUCCCAGGCGGGGCUGGCUGAUGCCCUGAGUGGCUCCACCCCCCGUUGUGGGCCCCCCAACCUCAGGGGCCCAGGCUACCUGAGUCACUGGCAGCUCCCCCUCCCCGCGCAGCCAGUGCCCACAGACUCCGGGGGGGGCAGCCCUGGUGCCCCCAUCUCGUCCAGCUGCAGAGCCACGUCGCUUCUCCCCACAGAGCUCCCGGCCGGCGCCGAGCGGGUGCAGCGCCUGGCCGAACUGGUCCAGAGCCUGCCCCCACCUAAUUACGCCACCCUGCGCUACAUCCUGGCCCACCUCCGCAAGGUGAUGGAGUACGCCGACGUGAACCGCAUGACCCGGCAGAACAUCGGCAUCGUCUUCGGCCCCACGCUGCUGCGGCCCGAGAAGGAGCUGGCCAGCAUGGCCGUGGACAUGGUCCACCAGAACCAGGCCGUGGAGCUGCUGCUCUCCGAGUUCCAGCACAUCUUCCCGGCCCCCGGCGCCAACUGAGCCCCUGGUCAGGCCUGGGGCCUGGGCCCCAAACCCCUGCCCAGGAUCAGGGCUGCCGCCUGGCCCAGACUGGGCUCAGCGCAGCCAAGGACAAUGGCCCUGUCUCACCCCCGGGCGUCGGACCAUGGAGACCCUGCAUGGGAGCCGGCGGCCCCGUGCCCCAUUCCCCACCCCCCUGAGCCAGCCUGUGCCCCGCCCUGGGGCCGGAUCGGAGCCCCUGCCCUGCCGGGUCUGUGCGUGCCCAGGGCACCGUCUGUCUGGACUCACGAGCCUGGGGCCGGGCAGUAAAUGGCCAUCAGCCCAGGGAGCCCCCCGGUCUCUGUGCUGUGAUUUGCUGCGGGGGAGGGGGGUGAGACGAAGUGGGACUGUUCUUAAUGUUUCUUCUGAAUAGUGUGGGGGUGCCUCAGUUUCCCCUAGGCAGUUCUCAAGUCUCUAGGGGGUGGGAUAAGGGUGUAUGAUCAUUGCAGAGCCCUAGAGGGCAAGUGUGUGCAGGGGUCUGGACACAGAGGAUGGCCGACACCCUGUUUCCUGGCCACUGAUGGCCUGGCCCUUCCCCCCUGCAAGGUGAGAGCUGAAGGGUUGGAGAACAAAGGAAUCCGGUGACGACCUGGCCCGGGACAGGGACAAAGCCCAGAGGAGGGGGGGCUGGAGAGAAUUUCAGUUUGGGGCUGGCUGGGACAUGGAGUGAAGGGCAGACGGGGUUGUCUGGCUCACUGCCCCCCCAGAAUGGACCCAGCUGAGUGGUCCUGUUCUCUGCACCUGCAAGAUCUGGUUUAGACCAUGUUCCUGUCAUCUAAUAAACCUUCUGUUUUACU